AUCCACACGAAGGUAAUUCUCUCUCUCUCUCUUACUGUACAGAAGAAUCAACUGCAAUUCCCUCUUAGUGAGGUCCGUUUGCAUGUUCGUCUUCAACCUGAUUCAUCAUUCUCAGGAAUAGGACGUUGUGUUCGGUUAUGGCGGCUAGGAAAUUCUACGAAUCAUUCUCGAAGAGCUUGAUUGACGACGUUCGAAAAUGGGGCUCUAUGAAGCAAACCGGCGUCAGUCUCAGAAACAUGAUGGAGUUCUGCUCCAAAACAACCGAGAAGAACCUGUUAAUUUCAGCUCAAUUUCUUCACAAGGAGCUUCCAAUCAGGAUUGCCAGAAGGGCCAUUGAACUUGAGAGCCUCCCGUACGGAUUAUCCGAGAAACCGGCUGUUUUAAAGGUGCAUGAUUGGUAUUUGGAUUCAUUCCGAGACCUUAGAUCCUUCCCUAGUAUCAAGACCAGUAGUGAUGAAUUAGAAUUUACCAAGAUGAUAAAGAUGAUCAAGGUAAGGCAUAAUAAUGUUGUGCCUAUGAUGGCUUUGGGUGUCCAACAACUGAAGAAAGGAUUACAUCCAAAGAUUGGCUACGAAAACCUAGACGAAAUUCACCAAUUUCUGGAUCGUUUUUACAUGUCACGAAUUGGAAUCCGAAUGCUAAUUGGGCAGCAUGUGGCUCUACAUGAUCCUAAUCCAGCUCCCAACUGUGUGGGCUAUAUACACACCAAAAUGUCUCCACUUCAGGUAGCCAAAGCAGCCGGUGAGGAUGCUCGUGCCAUUUGCUUACGAGAGUAUGGAAGUGCCCCUGAAGUUGACAUCUAUGGUGAUCCCAAUUUCACCUUCCCGUAUGUUCCAACUCAUCUUGAGCUGAUGGUUUUUGAGUUGGUUAAGAACUCUUUACGAGCUGUCCAGGAAAAGUUCAUGGAUUCAGACAAACUCACACCUCCUGUUAAAAUAAUAGUUGCAGAUGGAAUUGAAGAUGUCACCAUUAAAGUAUCUGAUGAAGGAGGUGGAAUAUCUAGAAGUGGUUUAUCGAAAAUCUUUACUUAUCUGUAUAGUACUGCAAGAAACCCUCUAGAUGAAGAAUCAGAUCUUGGAACAGCCGAUCUCACAACAACAAUGGCUGGCUACGGUUAUGGCCUUCCGAUUAGUCGUCUUUAUGCUAGGUAUUUUGGAGGGGAUCUACAAGUCAUUUCCAUGGAAGGAUAUGGGACAGACGCAUAUCUUCAUUUGUCUCGACUGGGGGACUCACAAGAGCCGCUUCCAUGAGUAUAAUCUCAGAUUUCUCUUGAUAAUUGUUUGGUAACAUAAUGUGAAUAAAUAUGCAUAUUGUUGAUCUUUCUUGUAUUAUGGGUUUUCUAUGCUACACUACUAAUUACUGUUUUUUAUGUC